AUGCAGCUCUAUAAGCAGAAGAUCGCAGCGGCCAAGAAGGGUCACGAGCUGCUCAAGCGCAAGGCUGACGCCCUCAAGAAGAAAUUCAAGGAGGUCAUGAAGGACCUGCUCGACAGCAAGAAGAAAAUGGGAGAGGAGUGCAAGGAGGCCUUCUUCCUGAUGGCCGAGGCCAAGUACGCCGCUGGAGAGUUCGUACGAGGGUAUCGACGUAGGGGCAAGGUGGCUGAGGCAGUCAAACGAUCCACCAUUCGGCUGGACAAGUCCGAAGAGAACAUCGCAGGUGUGCUCAUCCCCAACCUCAACUUGAAGGAGUUUGAGGAUGCCGAGAACUCGAUGAGCCAGAUCGGCCUUGAGCGGGGAGGAUUUUCGAUCCAGAAGUGCAGGGAGAAGUUUAGAGGGAUUUUGGAUCUGCUCAUUCAAAUUGCAUCGCUACAGGCUUCCUUCUUGACCCUUGACGAGAAGAUCAAGGUGACAAACCGUCGUGUGAAUGCCCUAUAGCACGUGGUGGUGCCUCGCUUCAUCGCAAUCUACCGCUACAUCGACCAGGAGCUGGACGAGCAGGCAAGGGAGGACUUCUUCAGGCUCAAGAAGGUGCUCGACAACAAGAAGAAGCACGCUGAGGAAGAGGAGAAGAUCGCUGAGGCCGCAUAG